GUACAGUCUCAUGAGUUUGAGAGCUCACCCCCUUAUAAUUAUUAUUAAUUAGUUUACCUCGCUCUUCUCCCAUUUAUAGUCCCGGAAUAUCCUCAUUGCACAUAUUCUUUUAUAUAUAUAUAUAUAUAUAUAUAUAUAUAUCAAAAGUUUCAUAAAUAUAUAAUAUGGGGAACACCGACUGUGUAUACCCAACGGCGAAGGUGGAAUCGGCAGCGUACCACCGGGUGGCAAUUCCGCCACCGCAGCCGUUUGUUAAAACGUUUCAGUACUCACUGAAAGAGACGUUCUUCCCGGACGAUCCAUUCCGGCAGUUCAAGAAUCAACCCCCGUUGAGGAAACUCUGGCUGGGACUCCAGUACUUCUUGCCAAUCCUGGAAUGGGCUCCACGCUACACUCUCAACUUCUUCAAAGCCGACAUCAUUUCCGGAAUCACCAUAGCUAGCUUGGCAAUCCCCCAGGGCAUCAGUUACGCCAAGCUCGCCAAUUUGCCACCCAUCCUCGGCUUAUAUUCAAGUUUUAUUCCGCCUUUGGUUUAUGCUAUGAUGGGGAGUUCAAGAGAUUUGGCGGUGGGGACAGUGGCGGUGGGUUCGCUUCUCACGGCGUCAAUGUUGGGGCAAGAAGUUAGCGUUACUGAGAACCCUUCUCUUUAUCUUCACCUUGCUUUCACAGCAACAUUUUUUGCAGGACUAUUCCAAGCUUCCUUGGGCUUUUUAAGGCUAGGGUUCAUCGUGGAUUUCUUAUCACAUGCAACGAUAGUAGGGUUCAUGGCAGGAGCAGCGACAGUAGUUUGCCUGCAACAGCUAAAAGGGAUUCUUGGGCUUGACCAUUUCACCCAUUCUACUGACAUUGUGUCAGUCAUGCGAUCUGUCUUCACCCAAACACAUCAGUGGAAAUGGGAAAGUGGAGUCUUGGGAUGUUGUUUCCUUUUCUUCCUCAUAAUAACCAAAUACUUUAGCAAGAAACGGCCAAAGUUUUUUUGGAUAUCAGCCAUGGCGCCGUUAACCUCCGUUAUCUUGGGUAGCAUUCUUGUUUAUCUCACUCAUGCUGAAAAACACGGCGUUCAAGUGAUUGGUAAUCUGAAGAAAGGGCUGAAUCCACUGUCCAUCACGGAUCUUGUCUUAGUGCCUCCUCACAUGACUAUUGCUAUCAAAACUGGCAUUGUUACUGGUGUCAUAGCACUCGCUGAAGGCAUAGCAGUGGGAAGAAGCUUUUCCAUGUUCAAGAAUUACCACAUCGAUGGAAACAAAGAGAUGAUUGCCAUUGGAAUGAUGAAUGUUGUUGGUUCUUGUACUUCUUGCUAUCUCACAACAGGGCCAUUUUCAAGAUCAGCGGUAAACUACAACGCGGGAUGCAAAACGGCAGUGUCUAACAUAGUGAUGGCAUUAGCAGUAAUGAUGACAUUGUUGUUUUUAACACCAUUGUUCCAUUACACUCCGCUUGUGGUGCUUUCGGCCAUUAUAAUCUCGGCCAUGCUCGGCUUAAUCGAUUACGACGCCGCCAUUCAUCUCUGGAAGGUCGACAAGUUUGAUUUCAUCGUUUGCAUGAGUGCAUAUAUUGGUGUCGUUUUCAGCAGCGUCGAAGUUGGACUUGUCAUAGCGGUUGCAAUAUCUGUAAUUAGAGUACUGUUGUUUGUGGCGAGGCCUAAGACUUUUGUUCUAGGGAACAUUCCUGACUCUAGGAUAUACAGAAACGUUGAACAAUACACCAACACCAGCAAUGUGCCUGGAGUUCUUAUACUUGAAAUUGAUGCUCCCAUUUACUUUGCCAAUUCCAACUACUUAAGAGAAAGGAUCACAAGGUGGAUUGAUGAAGAGGAAGACCGAAUUAAAUCCACAGGAGAAACCAGCUUACAAUAUGUCAUUUUGAAUAUGAGUGCUGUAGGUAACAUAGACACGAGUGGAAUAAGCAUGAUUGAUGAGGUCAAGAAGACUAUUGAAAGGAGAGGACUUAAGCUUGUCCUGGCCAACCCUGGAAGUGAGGUUAUGAAGAAACUAAACAAGUCAGAUCUGAUUAGCAAGAUUGGGCAGGAAUGGAUUUAUCUAACUGUUGGGGAGGCUGUUGGAGCCUGCAACUAUAUGCUUCACACCUCCAAACCAGAAGGUACCGUCAAAGACGAAUCAGCUGACUCCACGUGGAACGUCUGACCAACUCUCAGUCUCUACAGAUAUAUUAAACUCAAGUUUGAGCAAAAUUAUUUGCAUCAAGUUGCGAUUGUUUGUUUUGGCCAAGUUUAAUAUUUUUAUAUGCAAUUAAGAUGGCGAGGUCUUAAUUUAUUGAUCGGAGUGAAAAAGAAUAUAUUUGACUCAUUUGGAUCAGAAUGAUCAAAUAAAUGAGUCUCUCAGUUAAAGUUAGAGGAAGUUUUUUUUCCAACACUUAUAUAAGUAGCUUUUGUAUAAUGUAUAUUACACAGUCAAUUCCAAAAGGCAAACUUUAUAAUGA